CGCCGCACACUGCCGCUACUGACUCAGUCCUCCCAGGGAACAGAAGCACGCACUGUGUCCCUCACGCUCUCCUCACUGACCCUUCGGCUUGCGCCAUGGUGCUGUACCACCAGGAGUUCGAGAAGGCCGGCAAGGCAGCUGGCCUCCAGAUCUGGAGGAUAGAGAAGCUGGAGCUGGUCCAGGUACCGAAUAACCUGCACGGCAGCUUCUACGUGGGAGAUGCUUACCUGGUGCUCCGAACAUCCAAACAGAGGGACUCCUUCUUCUAUGACCUCCACUACUGGCUUGGUAAGGAAUGCACCCAGGAUGAGAGCUCUGCGGCAGCCAUCUUCACCGUACAGAUGGACGACUACCUGGGAGGCAAACCGGUCCAGUACCGAGAGCUGCAGGGCUUUGAGUCCACCGCUUUCACCAGCUACUUCAAGGGCGGCAUCACCUACAAGGCAGGAGGCGUGGCCUCGGGGUUCCAUCACGUCGUGACCAAUGAGCUGUCGGCCCAGCGCCUCUUCCACAUCAAAGGCCGGAGGGUGGUGCGAGCCACGGAGGUGCCGCUCCGCUGGGCCAGCUUUAACAGAGGCGACUGCUUCAUCGCGGACCUGGGUGCGGUGAUCUAUCAAUGGUGUGGUUCCAUGUGCAACAAGUUCGAGCGAUUGAAGGCCGCGCAGGUGGCCACUGGGAUCCGGGACAACGAGAGAAACGGCCGGGCACAGCUGCUGGUGGUGGAGGAGGGCAGCGAGCCAGCAGAGAUGACACAGGUGCUUGGUGACAAGCCGGAUCUCCCUGACGGGGAUGAAAAUGAUGACGUCAUGGCUGAUGUGUCCAACAGGAAAAUGGCCAAACUGUACAUGGUGUCCGACGCCAGCGGAACCAUGCAGGUGUCGGUCGUGGCUGAGGAGAACCCGUUCUCACAGGACAUCCUCCUGACAGACGAGUGCUUCAUCCUGGACCACGGCAAAAACAAGAUGAUUUUUGUGUGGAAAGGCCGAAACGCCAACCCCAGCGAAAGGAAGGAGGCGAUGAAAACGGCGGAGGGUUUCAUCAAGAAGAUGGGUUACCCUCCAAACACACAGAUACAAGUACUUCCUGAGGGAGGUGAGACUCCCAUUUUCAAGCAGUUCUUCAGGGGCUGGAAAGACAAAGACCAAAGUGAGGGAUUUGGGAAGGUCUAUGUGACGGAAAGAAUCGCCAAAAUCACGCAGGAGAAGUUCGACGCCUCUAAGCUGCAUGAGUCUCACCACAUGGCUGCCCAGUACAACAUGGUGGACGACGGCACUGGAGAAACAGAGAUCUGGAGGGUUGAGAGUAGUGGCAGAGUCCCCACUGACCCACAGACAUACGGCCAGUUCUACGGAGGCGACUGUUACAUUAUACUCUACACCUACGGCAAGGGUCACAUCAUCUACACCUGGCAGGGCUCCAGCGCCACGCGGGACGAGCUCACCUCCUCGGCGUUUCUCACCGUGCAGCUGGACCGCUCCCUGGGGGGGAACGCAGUGCAGGUUCGUGUAUCUCAGGGUAAGGAGCCAGCGCACUUGCUGAGUCUGUUCAAAGCCAAGCCCCUAAUCGUGUACAAGAACGGGACAUCCCGUGCUAGGGGGCAGGAGCCCGUACUCCCGACCCGCCUCUUCCAAGUGCGACGAAACUUGGCGACCAUCACGCGGAUUGCAGAGGUGGAGGCUGAAGCCCCCAACCUCAACUCCAACGAUGCCUACCUGUUGAAGACGCCCCAGGGGAAGGGGUACAUCUGGCUAGGCAAGGGGGCCAGUGAGGAGGAGGAGCGUGGUGCCCAAUACAUCAGCCAUGUUCUGCAGUGCACAAGCCAGAGGAUUACAGAAGGGCAGGAACCAGAGUCCUUCUGGUCGGCGCUGGGGGGUAAGAAGCCAUAUCAGACUUCAGUGGGCUUGGAGUCCAAGGAUGUCAUUCACUCCCCGCGCCUGUUUGCCUGCUCCAAUAAAACAGGCAGGUUCAUUAUCGAAGAGGUGCCUGGAGAAUUCACCCAGGAUGACCUGGCCGAGGACGACGUCAUGCUGCUGGACGUCUGGGAUCAGGUUUUUAUUUGGAUCGGAAAGGACGCCAACGAGGUGGAGAGGACCGAGUCGGUGAAGUCAGCUAAGGCUUACAUCGAGACGGACCCUGCGGGCCGAGACCAGGACACCCCGGUGGUGAUCGUGAAGCAGGGGCAUGAGCCCCCGACGUUCACGGGCUGGUUCCUAGGAUGGGAUGCCUCUCGCUGGAACAGCGAUGCCGUGGGCCAGGCCAUGUCGCGUUUGCGGGUGGAGUGAGACCUCCACAAACAGGGGGGGCUGCUUAGCUUUUCAUACUCAUUUUACAUGUUUUGACAGAAGCAUUGAAAUAACAGGAAAAGUGCCUAGAAACUAUACGAUGAAAUUUUAAUACCUUGGUGAUUUGGAGGGGGUGGGGGGUGGGGGAGGUCCUGAAAUCCCAAUGACACGGGAUAGGAGCCUCUGAUUCUGCUCUUUUUCUAGAUAGAACCUGAUCCAUUCACAUUUCUCUAACAGCUUUUAAAUUAAGCAUUUUAAUAUUACUUUGCUUUACUCUGCAUAUAUGGGCUUUUUUAUAUCACAUUCUGCAUUGCUUAUGUUUAGCAGUUUGGUAAAACUGCUCCCAAACUACAUAUCAGGUCAGCUUGUAUUUUCCAUUCAAAAUAAUCUCUUAAAAUAUAAUUUUCCAAAAAAAACUGUCUUCAAAAACUACAUGUAAUAAACAUUGCUUGAUAAGUCAGCAUUAAAUGA